AAUUGCGGACAAAAACAUCGAGAGACAGGGGGCGGCGUUGCUGGCGAAGGAGCCUAGAGACCAGGAACUGACACUGAUGGAGGGACUGCUCCUCAAGCCAGGACUCUCCCGCAAGGACGUGGUCACCCUCAUCCUCGUGCUCUUCGCUGGCAUUGAUACAACUUCGCACACUCUGGGUUUUGCAAUGUACCUACUGGCUAGAAACCCGGAGGUGCAGACUAGACUGCAAGAGGAGGUGGAUACUGUGCUCGGGGACCACAAGGGUCCACUCACUCACCAUCACCUGGCCAAGCUCCACUACCUCAAGGCUGUCAUUAAAGAGUCUAUGAGGUUGCUACCUACAGUGAUGGGCUUUGGAAGAACUUUGGAUAAGGAACUUGUUAUCAGUGGAUACUUAAUACCUAAAGGGUGGUCAGUUUUGAUAAUGAGCAUGAUGAUGGGUUGGGAUGAAUCGCUCUUCCCUCAAGCGAAGGAGUUCCUGCCCGAGCGGUGGUUGAGGAACAAGUCUCUCGGCACCAUUCAUCCUUACGCCACAUUUCCCUUCGGCGCUGGCACUAGGAUGUGCAUCGGUCGACGCAUCGCUGAGCAAGAGAUGUACACCUUUCUAGCUAGAGCAAUGCAGCGCUUCACAAUUGAUUACAAGUAUGAAGACCUUGAAGUUAUUUGUCGCCUGGUGUUUGCCUCUGCUAAACCACUCAAGUUCAGCUUCACGGAGAGGCGCUGAUACUGCUGUAAGAGACGCUGACCAACUGCUGUGAGAGUUGCUGACUGCUGUGACAGGUGUUGACUAUUGUUGUGACAGACGCUGACUGAUUGCUGUGAGAGAUGCUGACCAACUGCUAUGGGAGAUGCUGACUGACUGCUGUGAGAGAUGCUGACUGCUGCAAGAGACGCUGACUGACUGCUGUGAGAGAUGCUGACCAACUGCUAUGGGAGAUGCUGACCAACUGCUGUGAGAGAUACUGACUGACUGCUGUGAGAGAUGCUAACCAACUGCUAUGAGAAAUACUGACCAAUUGCUUUGAGAGAUACUGACCAACUGCUGUAGAGAUGCUGACUCACUGCUGUGAGAGAUGCUGACUGUUGUAGAGAUGCUGACUGACUACUGUGAGAGAUGCUGACCAACUGCUGUGACAGACGCCUACCGACUGCUCUAAGAGACGCUGACUCAGGAAGCACUGACUGACUACUAUGAGAUACGCUGACUCACUAUUUUAACAUACGCUGACUGACUACUAUAAGAUGCGCUGCCACUACUAUGAGAAGCACUUACACUAACUGUUAUGAGAAGCACUGACACUGACUGUUAUGAGAAGCGCUGACACUGACUUAUGAGAAGUGCUGACACUGACUGGUAUGAGAAGCACUGACACUGACUGUUUUGAGAAACAUUGACACUGUUAUGAGAAGUGCUGACACUGAGUGUUAUGAGAAAUGCUGACACUGACUUAUGAGAAGCACUGACACUGACUUUUGAGAAGCUCUGACACUGUUACGAGAAAUGCUGACACUGACUGUUAUGAGAAAAACUGACACUGUUAUGAGAAGCGCUGACACUGAGUGUGACUUUGUCAAUGGUCCAAGUCGGACCGAAACGUCGUCGUAAGCUUCUCUCUUUUAUGUGCGGGUUAUUUGUGUAUCGUUCCAGUCACGGUAUUGUGCCUUUUUGUUAUUUACUGAGUGUUAUGAGAAGCACUGACACUGACUCUUAUGAGAAGUGCUGACACUGACUGUUAUGAGAAGUGCUGACACUGACUUAUGAGAAGUGCUGACACUGACUGUUAUGAGAAGUGCUGACACUGACUUAUGAGAAGUGCUGACACUGACUGUUAUGAGAAGCGCUGACACUGACUUAUGAGAAGUGCUGACACUGACUGUUAUGAGAAGUGCUGACACUGACUUAUGAGAAGUGCUGACACUGACUGUUAUGAGAAGCGCUUACACUGUUAUGAGAAGCACUGACACUGACUUAUGAGAAGUGUUGACACUGACUUAAGAAAAGCACUGACACUGACUUAUGAGAAGCACUGACACUGACUUAUGAGAAGCACUGACACUUGUCAUGUAGGGGGGGCUUGAUUGAAUGGGGGCUAUGGGAGUAAAAGGGGGGAAUCAGUAGGUAGGUGACAGCCGAGGCAGUAGGAGGGAUGAUGCGGAGGUAGGUAGGAGAUGACAGGAGAGGUGAGCGGUAGGUAGGUAAUGUGAGGUAACUGGUGACUACAACUUCACCUCUCAUUACUCUACCCACCACUCCACACUACUCAACCUCUCACUACUUUAACUUAACAUAAAUAAAUGGAGAAAAAAUAAUAAAUAACGGGAUGCAGUGAAUAUUACUAUUCUACUCAAACACAGUUUAUUAUUAAGUCUUUGUACAAUAAUAUAUUUGGGAACAGAACACUAUUGUGGUUUAGAUAAAUGGGGUGGUACACAUAAGCAGUGAGACAGGGAACACAAUCAACUUGACCAAAAUGAAUAUAACUUACAAUAUAGCACAGAGGACAGUUCACUACAGGAACUAAGCCACAGGUCCCAAGACCUACACAGCACGAGUACUGCACCAAGCCAGUACUCUGCCCAAUGCCUCCAACAGUCUCCUCCAGAGACUUCAGCAGCCUUCUCC